AGCAUCUAGUUUUACAAAAGGGUAACUUUAUUUUUGCCGAUAUGCCUCGCAGACGUGGUGGUGGUGGAUUUGGUCGAACAAGCUCUGUUCCAGCUACAAGGCCAGCACAGCCUUCUCAACCUGCUGUAGUACAACAGCAACCAAGACAGCCCGGACUAUUUGGUCAGAUGGCUUCAACAGCGGCUGGAGUCGCUGUUGGUUCUGCUGUGGGCCAUGUCGCUGGAGCAGCCUUAACGGGGGGAUUUUCUGGCAGCAAUAGUGCUCAAGAGGCGCCACCCCAACAACAACAACAACAACAAAUGCAACAACAGCAACCUUGCCAGAUGGAAUUACAGCAAUUUCUACAAUGCGCUCAAAAUCAGUAUGAUAUUACUUUAUGUGAAGGAUUCAACGAUGCUCUAAAACAGUGCAAGCGAUUUAACGGUAUGACUCCUACUUGA